AAAUAUAUUUAUGUUCUGUUUAUUUUUAGCAUUAAUUUUCAGAAAUGACAAAUUGUUUGGCUUUGGAUGAGAGUGCUCAUUGUGAACAUGCGUUUGGUUGGUAUGUGUCCAACUAUCACAAGUCUUCAGAUAAACUUUUGUUUAUUCAUGUACAGCAAGUUCCAUAUGUUCCAUUAGUAGGACUUGAAGAUAUGGAAGGUUUUAUGAAUGUUACGCAACUUUUGGUGCAAGAAAGUUCAGAAAAAACAAAUAAGCUUAUAUUUAAGUACAAACAAAAAUGUGAAGAAAAGGGUAUUGAAUGUGAGUUUGUUAUUGAUGAUGGGAGCUCUCCAGGCGAAUCCAUAUGCAGAAUUGCUAAAGAAAAGAAUGUGCAAACAAUUAUUAUGGGUCAGAGGGGGUUGAGUGCCAUGGGAAGAUUGUUUCUUGGAAGCACAAGUGAUUAUGUACUUCAUCAUACACACAUUCCAGUCAUUGUUGUACCACCUGCAGUCCACGAAGAUCAAAAAAAUGAUUAGACUAAGAAUAUGAACAAUGAAUAGCAAAAUGAAAAUGUAAUAUUUCUUUUUAAUAUUAUCUUAUUUAUUGCGUUUGA